CAAUUAUAUUCAUCUGUUUUCUCCUACUUUAGCGCCAUAAGUUGCUGUAAAUAAAUGAAGGCAAUAAAUGAACUUUCAACACGAACAGAUGACAUGAAAGCAUUAACAUUUUAGAUAAUGGAUUUGAAUUACCUGACAGCUGUAGUUGAUGAAAUAGCUUUAGAAGGUUUAGAGGGUAUAACAGUGAACACACUAUGGAAAAGACUUGCAAAAAGGCCUGGUUUUGUUAUCAAACUUGAUGAGAAAUCUAAAGCGUUUCUAUGGCGCCAGUUGACAACAGUAUCUGAGUUUGUCUACUAUGAGCUACCUGAACCUAGACCAGAUUUAGACAUCUUCAAUCGAAUGGACUUUGUUGACCCAGAGAGUGGACAUAUGGUAGAAUUAAACCAGGAUACUCACCACACAGAAGCUUACCCUGUCACCUGUAUAAACCAGGACGGUGUGAUUGGAUCAUGUUCUACAUUUCAUACAAGAUAUUCCGUUACUGAUGAGAUUGUUAGUGAUGGCAAACUACUGAUGUCGCUGGAGAAAGUUAUUGAAAGAUUUGGAGAGAAGCUUGUUGUUGUUGCCUCACAAAGACAGAGAAAUGAAGCUUUGUUGGGUAAAACUUUUGAUCCCACCUAUAGCUGGAUAGACUCAACAUACUGUGUUCUAGAGAGAAUAGGAAGAGGUAGAUACAGUGGAGAAUUAUCAGCUGGACCAGUCAGUUUAGAAGUCUUCAAGAUGCCCAGUAAAACAUUGUUUUAUCAUACAAUUAAACUAGUCAGACUUGGAAUCAUUAAGAAACAGGAUGUUAGUGUUUUAUCCAAGUCUCAUAAGCACUUGAUGAGAAAGAUGUUUCAUCUGACCAGAUUUUUUAAAGUUGUCAAUUCAAAGAACUUCAUAAUAGCUUCACAAAUAGCCACUUAUUUACUGGAGAAACCAAAUCAUAGAGAAAUUAUAUCCAAAACUAGAAACGACUUGCACAUAGAAGAGAAAUCCUUUAAGAAAGUAUACAAAACUUACAAGAAAGUCUUCAAAACAUAUCUUAUAUUGUACAGAGAAAUGUUUCCUGAUGCCAAGGAGAGAGAAUAUAUGACAAAGAACAAAAUAUCAGAAAAACAUUUACGUGUAAUUGAGUGUACUAGAAUGCCAAGUUCUGCCAGUGAUGAGGAAUCUGAUGAUGAGGUUGGAGAAGAGGAUGAGGAAACUGAGGGGGAGGACACAAAGAGAGAGUUAAAGCCGUAUGCUUAUAUCUACGAGAGACCUCUAUUAUGUCAAGGACUAAUGGCAGUGGAAUCUGCUGGACCACAGGGUGUAAACAGGGCUGAACUCACUAAGAUGAUGUGUCUAGAUUACUACGAUGGUAGAGCUAUUUGUAAAGCUUUGAUUAGGUCAGGGAGUGUUGUAGAUGUUGUAGUGGACAUGGGCAAGGUUAAAAGGAUACAGUACAUUGCUAAGAAAUUUAAGGAUGAAAGUAACGUUCUGCAGGAGUACUAUUCAGAACAGGGUAAAUUUCUGGAGUUGAUUAAGAAAGAGGAACCUGAGGAUGAAUAUGGCGAAGCAAGAAUACAUGAUACUGCAGAAAUUUCUCAGGAUGAACUACCGGGGAAUCAGAGCAUGUCUACAGAAAUGUUAACAAGUAUACCCAUUAUAAAACAAGAGAUAAUAAUGGAUGAAUCAACUGAUAAUAUUGAAAGCAUUAUGGAAGGAAUAAAUUCAUCUUCCCAAGAAAUAUCAGAAGUAUCAAUGGGAAGCAGUUUCCUGGAUGAUGUGUCAGAAUUUCCACAUAUCAAAUCAGAGCAGGAUAUGUAUGGUUCUCCUAAUGUUAGGAGGAAAUUCCAGAAGAAGGAGAGCAUACAGACAGGGAAGCAUUUUAAAAGAAUGUCCUGGUUACUGGAGGCAAUCAGAGAUGCUAAAUUGAUAGAGAAUGUCUUCCAUUUGAUAAAGAAUUUAAGAGCAAAGGAAAAAGCAGAAGGAAGUUCCUUUCAGAUUGAUAAGAAAACACUUAAUACUCUUCUACACAUUCUAGUGAAACAGGGAAAAGUGAGAUGCAUCAAAACUAUCAUUGGUACAGGAGAUAAUACUAAAUUAUUGCAGUUUUAUUGUGAUCCUAGUAUACAACCUACAGACAAUAUUGUUAAGAGUGCUAUAGAACAAGCCAAAUUAAAGUCCUUCAGUGUAUCUAAAGAAAGUCUGAAAAACUCUCACAAGAAAAAAACUCCAGUCGCUAAGAAACCAUGCAAGGACUUACUGGAAGGUUUGCCUGACAGUGCCAGGGAAAGUAUUUGCAAACUUCAUGAGUUUAAAAGUAAACUGAAAUCUACAGAUAUGAUCUAUGAUAAAAAAGCAGCUAGACUUUAUGGUUACAAAGCUAAGAUGCAAAGGGGAAGAAUUAUACAGCAGUUGUUAUGGUACCUAGUGUAUGGUUAUCAGGGCAAGGUACCAGAUGAGGAGGUUACUACACAGGAAGACAGCUCUCAGGAAGAAUCAAGUGGAGAUAUUUCAGCCAAGGGUAAAUCUAAAAUACCACCUGUACAUGUAAAUGAGAUGACAUGGAAGAGAUAUCUGGCUCCACUACCUGAACAUAGAGGUUAUCCCAAGGGUUGGUGCCUAAUUAGUGAUGUGCUACUGUCGCUUCCUCUGUGUUUAUUUUGUGCACUUGUACAUGUAUCAUAUAAGAUAGAUGGAUUGAUGGAAUGGUUAAAUGAUCCAGUUAAAUGUUUAUACCCUAUUUCCUUCCUGCCCUGUAAGAUUUCACAGCGACUCCUCUUUGCCAGGAAGUAUAUAUUUGCCUUCCAUGAGAACUGUCAGAGAUUGUGUCACAUGGGACUUUUAUCAUUUGGUUCAUCUAACAACAAGGAGAAGGAUCAGAUCUUCAUCUAUUUACAUCAGUAUGCCAGCUUGGUGGAUACAAGGGCAUCAUAUCAGGGAUACUUUAAGACAAGGAUGCCCCCAGGUCACCAGUUAGAGAUGAAGACAUACCAUUUUGACAGUAUUGAGGCUGUAGAACAGUAUUGGAUUGAUCUUAAACACUUUGCUUUAAGUAGUAACCUUGGACAUAAAUUACUGACUGACAAAGACAAGGAAGAUAAAACAGAAGCAGAAAAUGUAUUCCUCUCCCUGGAGCAGUCACAAAGUCCUAAGUCACCAGCAGAUAUUAUAGAUGAUGGUAUUAUACCUGGAGAUGGCCGUGGUCCAGCUGGUCUGGACUCAUCAUUAUAUGUUCAUUUAGGUAGGAACUGGUCCUGGGGAAAUCUUCAACCUAAACCAAAGACAUCAGCAUUUACAGAUAGUUUACAUGGCGUUGAAGAAUCUCAGAAGACAGAAUCAGAGAAAGCAAUGGCCAUGUUUGAAGAAAGGAAACAAAUGACAAUUUCCUCUUCACCUCCAAGAUCUAAGCCACAACCAAAGGAAAGAAUAACUUUGAUUGGUGGUAAGAAAGGUGCGACUGCUGAGGUUGUACAAGUAAAAGUGGCCAAAACUAAAGGAAACAAAGGUGGUAAAGGAAUAAAAAGAAAACUCCAAUCAGAUGAUAACCCAGCUAAGAAGAAGCUUGUGAAAUUGAAAUCUACAAAGAAAGGGAAGAGGGGUAAAAAACCAAAUCUGUGGCAGGAUGAAAAAGACCGAGCUGCCUUAGAAGUGAAGACCAGCAUGAGAGUUCAUUGGUCGUCCAAGGAAGAUGGUCUGCUAUUGACCUGCAAAAUAGCCAGCUUAGUAAUGGAUAAAAACAGUCGUGGAAUGAUCAUACCAUGGGUGAUUGUCAGAGAUAUUCUUUACAGAUAUGCACCAGAGGAGUCUGUGGACAAGUCGUCAUUAGCCUGUCAGAGGAGAGUAGCACAUUCUCUGAAGAACCCUAUUGUUAAACAGAAUCUAUCUAUAUUCUAUGCUGAAUCUAUUCAAGAUCCAAAAGUAAAGUCAUACAUGAAUAUUAAAUACACACAAGGGAGUGAUGAGACAAUAAGAGUAUACAAAGAAGUGGUUGACGUACUCAUAAAGAAAUUUGCGAGUGCUGAUGUAAAAGAAUGUGCUCUCCCAGAAACUGUAGAUUCUCUGAAGAAGUUUACGAUCAGUGUGGUCAAUCCUUGCCUUAAAACAGUUGUGUUUUCUGAUCCAUCUAACAAGUCAGAUAUACUGUCAAGUGUUCUGAGGAAUAUAUUCCAUAGCUUUGUUUCCCUGAAUGAUAAACAAGGCAGAUCACAUGAGAUGUAUCAGCUUCUGAGUCAGUAUCCAGACAAACUAUUGGAGCAGACGCUCAAUAAAAUGAGGGGCAAUGGACUAAUUGUUAGAAUAAAGAAAAAUGCAGAUGCCAAGGUCAUUGAUACAGGUGUUCAAGGAGUCAAACUGUCUCAAAAGUACACAUACAGAUUUCAAUCCCGUUUCCCAUCCAUUAUAUUUGAAGAAAGUGUAGAAUGCCUUAACCAACUAAUGGCAUUCCAGAAGGCAGCAGGUCCAACUGGGAAACUGGAAAUAAAUGAUUUGUCAAAGGGAGGCUACUGUGCAUGUUACAUUGGUUUAUAUGCUCUUGGAAAGUUAGUUUUUCAGACUAGAAUUCCAAGGGACAUUGUCAUUUUAGACCCAUCUCUGAAACAGCAUUUUAAUAGAGGACUAUACCCAGUAGAGGAUACUGAUGAUGAAACAGAACUAGGAGAGGACAUGUCAGAUUCAUCCUCUAUCACAGAAUCAUUAAUAAGUAAGAGGAAAGCUGGAACAGAUAAGAAGGGAGGGACCAGUAUAGGCAAUGUCAAGGCAGUAGAUCUCAUUUCUAGAUGUUCAAUUGGAAAGCAAAGUAUAAUGGAGUAUGAGGAGGCAGAGAAAAGGGAGAUAACAACAGAACGUAGUUCUCAAGCAUCAAGGGCAUUAAUUACUAUGAAAAGAUCAAGGGACGAGGGUGCACAUAAACUGAAAGUGUAUAAUGUACAGGACAAUUUUGUCAUCAACAGGUGCCUUCUGAGAAUAGGAUUAGAUGUUUCUGGUGAUAGGUCAGACCAGGAGUGUAGACUUGAACAUAUUCCAGUAGAGGAAGCUAACAAGUCACCUGACCUUCCCAUCAUUUCACCAAGUAGUAUAAGUCAUGGAAGACAGAGGAAAAAACUUAAGACGAAGAAACCAGAGGUUGAUACAGGAUACCCAGAUUUAACUCUAUCAAAAAGUAAAGUGUCUGAAGUCUUGAAAAGAUUAACAAGGACUUUACCAUUUCAAUUGGAUAUUGAUUUAGAAUGGGAAAGUUUUGACCCUCUACAUAGACAGAAUUUGAAACAAGUUUAUGAAACUGUUGAUAAAAAUGACGAGAUAGGUAUUACUGUGUAUGACCUCAAGAAAGAGUUUAAUUACAGUGACCUAUUGUCUCCAUGUCUUAAAUGUUUAGAGGAGAGAAAUAUGGUUGUGAAAGUUGGUGUAACUUGUACAAGAUAUGUGACUUUGAGGAAUGUACGACCUUGGGCAGUUCAUUCUUAUAAAAAUAGCAGGGGGAGAGGAGGUGAUACACAAGCUGGAAGGGAUCCUUCUGACAGCCACAUAGACAAUGAACCACCAUCUGAUCCACUUGAUGCAGGUCCUAGUGGAGAUGUUAACAUGAUUGAUGGAGACUCAUUGGAGACAAAUCAUACAAAGGGAGACAACUCUAGUCAACAUUCAAUUGCUGAAGAUCAUUCCUCUAGUCAAACACAUAGUAAUGACCUGACCUCACCAAAAGAAAACACUUCUUCACAAAGACCAAGGAGAUCUCUAACAAGAAAACCAGAAUCAUCAUAUCCUAAACCUGUCAGUACAUAUGAUAGAAUUAGAUUGAUUUUAAAGCCAUGGAAGAAGCCAGAAGGAUUACUAAACAAACCUGUAUUUAAGAUGAUGAUAGAAUCUGUCAUGUUAUAUGUGAUGAUGUUUUCUGGAGUACAUUUCAAUGCCAUCUGUGAAAAGUACACCCCAUAUUUACAGCCUUUUUGUAUUAGAGAAUUAAUGGAUGUUUUAGAAGACUUAAACUGUGUUGAGAAGACAGUAUUCAGAAAACCUGUUAAAUCUUCAUUAUUUUCCAAACCAGCAGUUACUCAGGAAGCUUUGGAGGAACAUUAUGAAGAUGAUGAGAUAUUUUAUGAAGGAACUGCAGAUUGUGUUGUCAAACUUGGACAGUUUAUGGACAAAAUUCAGAAUCAAAAUAUUGGUUGUAGCUGAUGAUUUUUAUACACUUUUAUAUGCAAACAAAAGAUUUAUGAGUAAAGUUGAUACAGAAAUA